AUGUUGAACGAACGCAGCCCCCUGAUCCCCUCAGGGGUCUGCGGUUUGGACGUUGCCGCAGCAGCAUGUGGCGCAAAGACAGACUCUUCCCCGGACUCUGGCUCCGACACGCCCACCAACGACCCCCGGCGACUGGACACUUUUUUUGGCGUGAUGGUGCCGACCAUCCUCUCCAUGUUCAGCAUUAUUCUGUUUCUGAGAAUGGGGUUUGUGGUGGGUCAUGCGGGGCUGUUACAGGGACUCUUAAUGGUGUUUGUAGCCUACACCAUUAUAUCCCUUACAAUACUGUCCAUCUGCGCCAUUUCCACCAAUGGUGCUGUGCAGGGCGGUGGUGCCUACUACAUGAUAAGUCGCUCUCUGGGCCCGGAGUUUGGAGGAAGCAUUGGUUUGAUGUUCUUCUUAGCCAAAGUAUGCGCAUGUGGAGAGUACGUUCUUGGACUUGUUGAGGCCAUCCUCGAUGUCUUUGGGACAAAUCCUGACACACAUGUGGGUGAGGGGUUCCGAGUGCUCCCUCAUGGUUACUGGUACACGGUGCUGUACUCAUCAGUAGUCCUUCUGCUGUGCCUGAUUGUUUGUCUCGUGGGCGCCCACAUCUACUCCCGUACCGCUUUCGUCAUCCUGCUGGUGGUCACUGCAUCCUUGCUGUCCAUCUUCAUCAGUUCUGUGGCGGUCAAGCCGUUCGAUUUUAUCAUAAGCCAUCCGGGACCUGGUAACCAGUCCACCCAGUUCAACGCCAGCUUCACAGGCUUCAGCUCUACCACUUUGAGAAGAAACCUGAACUCCGAUUACUCGUUGGACUACAGCACCAACACCGUCAUGUCCUUUGCCACCGUGUUUGCAGUCUUUUUCACCAGCUGCACUGGGAUAAUGGCUGGAGCCAACAUGUCAGGGGAGCUGAAGAAUCCAAGUGUUGCCAUCCCUAAAGGCACCAUCUCAGCAGUGUUUUACACAUUCACGGUCUAUGUCCUCCUCCUCCUCAUGGUCAGCGCCACCUGUGACAGGACCCUGUUGAUUCAGGAUUAUGGGUUCUUGCAGAAAAUAAACGUCUGGCCACCAUUAGUCACCAUCGGGAUAUACUGCGCUUCACUGUCAGCUGCCAUGUGUUCUUUAAUCGGAGCGUCCCGUAUCCUUCAUGCACUCGCUGUGGAUCACCUGUUCGGUUUGCCGUUAGCGCCUGCCGCCAUCACAUCAAGCUCGGGGAACCCAUGGGUGGCUGUGCUGUACACCUGGGGUCUGGCACAAUGUGUAGUGUUCGCAGGCGAGCUCAACUCGGUAGCAGCCUUGGUGACUGUUUUUUACUUGCUUGCCUACGCUGCCGUCGACCUGGCCUGUUUGGCUCUGGAAUGGGCAUCUGCACCAAAUUUCAGACCGACCUUCCAAGUCUUCUCCUGGCACACUUGCCUUCUGGGGAUCCUGAGCUGUUUGGUGAUGAUGUUCGUCAUCAACCCCGUUUAUUCCUCGGGCAGCAUAGUCCUCCUGCUGGUGCUGCUGCUUUUCCUCCACUACAGAUCACCCACCAGCAGCUGGGGCUACAUCAGCCAGGCUCUCAUUUUCCAUCAGGUGCGCAAGUAUCUGUUGAUGCUGGACGUGAGGAAAGACCACGUGAAGUUCUGGAGGCCGCAGGUGCUGUUAAUGGUGGCCAACCCUCGCUCUUCCUGUCAGCUCAUCCUGUUUGUCAACCAGCUGAAGAAGGGAGGACUGUUCGUGUUGGGCCACGUGCAGCUGGGAGAUCUGGACACCGUGCCUACAGACCCGGUCCAGCAGCAGUACAACUUCUGGUUGAGCCUGGUUGAUAAACUGGAUGUGAAGGCCUUUGUGGACCUCUCACUGUCCCCUUCUGUCAGACAGGGAACACAGCAUCUGCUGCGAAUCACAGGCCUCGGUGGCAUGAAGCCCAACACCCUGAUUUUGGGUUUCUAUGACAGCUGCACUCCAGACGACUUCUUCCUGCAGGACACGGCCUUCUGUAACUCUUCCAUGGGACAAGGGAGCGAGGGCGAGUAUAAUUUCGGGGUCGACCUGCCGUCUUUGCAAGCCCACUUCCCCCCGGUCCGACACGUUGAGAGCCCGCGCUCGCUGUCGCCCGAGGAGUACGUAGGGAUCAUCUCUGACGCCUUAAAAAUGGGCAAGAAUGCGUGCCUUGCCCGCUAUUUCUUCCAGUUGGAGGGAGAGGAUAAAGAUAGUAAGGUAGAUGGCUCGGAGCGGACUAUCGACGUGUGGCCUCUCAACCUGCUCCAGCCGGGCAGCCGUGAUUACGAGGACGUGUGCAGCCUCUUCCUGCUGCAGAUGGCCUGCGUGCUCAACAUGUCUCACAAGUGGCGCCGCGCGAGGAUGAGAAUCUUCCUGAACGUGGAGACCGAGUCCAACGACCAGGGCUGGGUGGUGAAUGAGGAGGCGUUCAGAGAGCUGCUGAGGAAGCUGAGGAUCAGGGCGUCGAUAAAGAUCGUGCCGUGGGACACUGUGGUGCAGCACCACAUCGAGCCGGUUGAAGAACCGAAACACGUUCUGUCGGAGGACUUCCUGUCCGCGGUGAACUGCAUGCUGCUGGAGCACAGCUCACAGGCCGCCGUCCGCUUCCUGUAUCUGCCUCGGCCUCCUGCUCAGCGCGGCCACUCGCAGCAGUAUUUGGCUCACUUGGAAGCAGUCACUAAUAACCUGGGGCCAACGCUGCUGAUCCACGGCGUCACCCCGGUCACAUACACAGGACUGUGAGCAUGAGCCGUCAUCACUUCUCAUCAUUCGAUAAUGUACAUGAAGCAGCAGCUUAUCUGUCCACUUAUUUUAGCACUAUAAGAACUCUUAAAAUUGACACAAAACUGAAUGAAACUCGGAGGUUGGGGGUAGUUUUACAGAAGCGCAGGAAAGGACCACACUUGAAUGCAUUUUAAACGUCACACCACUCGACAACACUUCCCACUUUUUGCGCUCAGUGAGGAUAGUUUCAAAUACUUGAAAUGGCUUUGCGAUGAAGCCAAGAAACUGGGUGUGUCUGCCUGAUUUUAGUAAAUAUAAUAUUUUGUUGUCAUUAACUGUAGUACUGUCCUUAAACACAAGACAGUAAUGUGUCAAAGACUUUCGAACAAAAAUAAUUUGUUUGAGCAUUACAGAUGAUGACAUAUAGAGUUGUCUGUAUAUAAUUGCAGGGAUGAAAUUAUGAAUUUGUAGAGUUUAUGUUACUUACCGUGAGAGCGUCUGACCUGGUUCACUUUCUCAAUGAAGUAGUGUUACCGGUAAUCGUUUUUUUUUUUUUUAAACUCCUAGGGUUUAUUUUCUGCUUGCUUCUACAUGUUCACACUUCUGCUGGUGUCUGCAGGACCAAUGAUGCAAAGACAUUUACUGUAUUAAUUACUGAUUUUAGUUUUGAAGCACCUGUGCAAACACUCGUCCUGUUCACGUGUAAGCUCUUCAGUUUAGUUCACCUGAGCUCAAAAUAAUAAACACUGUUGUAUGUCCUAACUUAAGAAAACAAACAUUUGUGAAUAAUAAUGCAGACUGUCUAUAAUGCACAUAAUAACGCAGAUUGUCUAUAAUGCACAUAAUAACGCAGAUUGUCUAUAAUACAUCAGAUAAGAGGUGUAGUCGUGGUUACUGUAAAAGCCUCAGUCAGGACUUUGACCAAUGAUGAUUCAGACCAAAUGAAGAACGAUGCCAGAGCUUGUUUUACUCAAUUAAUUCACUAUACAUACAAAAAAAUGCACCAAAUAUUGUACCGCCUACUUGUCAUGUUUCACUUGGACUUUUAAUAAAAACACAAAUAGUUGCUAAGAAAGCAAUCUGCCGCUUUGGCACGUUCCACAAUGAGAGAGCCUUAAAGGACGGACAUUUGUUACUGAAGAUGUACAUAAUAAACGGCUGUUUGUCAAAGGAGUAAA